GUGGAAGCCGGAGGCAUUCAUGACAUGUACAAGCCCAUCGUCAACUCUGGUCUGGUAUUUGGAGCAAAGAGAUGGCUGGAGACGCUGUCAAAGCAAUGCGAGAGAAUGGCUAGUCUCAUGGCCAGCAAUUCCACUGCUCCUAUAGUAGGAGACGACGCCGUAGCGACCAAGAACAUACUGAAGUUAUCGGACAGGAUGGUGGUGUGCUUUUUCAGCGGUGUGAGCGGCUCUGUGCUUCACCAGUGGGCAGAUAGACGUAAUGUGGGUAUGAAUGAUGUGAAGAUUAGAGGCAGGAAGAACAAUGGCGAUCCAGGGAGGCCUACUGGCAUUGUUCUUAGUGCAAGCACUUCGAUCUGGCUCCCAAUCCCUCCAAAGAGAAUUUUUGAUUUCCUCCGCGAUGUGCCCUCUCGUAACCAGUGGGACGUUCUGCUACAUGGAAGCAUGCUCCGUGAGACAGCCAGCAUCGACAAUGGCCAGGAUGAAAAAGGAAACUGUAUCUCCAUAUUCAGUGUUGGAAUGCCUGAGGAGGGGAGAAAGACGAUGAUGCUCCAAGAAAUCUGCUUUGGCCCAAUCUGCUCAUUCGUGAUUUAUACUCCUAUUGAUUCUGUCAUAAUCAAUGCUGUGAUCGGUGGUGCAGACCCCAACUUUGUUGCAUUGCUGCCUUCGGGGUUUGUCAUCCACCCCGAUGGGCCCUCUGGAUUCGGGGACGAUGAAGCUAAACCUGGAGGUUCUAUUCUGACGGUGGCGUUUCAGAUCUCAAUGCACUCUCGUCCAAAUUCUAAGAUCUCUGCCAUAUCCAUUGCAACAGUGAAUAAUCUUCUGUCUUGCACCUGUGCCAGAAUAAGAGCCAUUGCUUUGGCCCAGUAAUGCAGGCAGAAAUUGAAGA